AUGGCCGCACUGAACACAGAUGUGCAGGAUAGAAUAGUGUGGAGAACAAGGUCAGGUAAUGAAGUUGAUUAUUGUGCUUCUGUCGUCUGGGAUGAUCUCCGCCAAGGUCAGGCUGAAGUGCCGUGGGCGAAUGUUGUUUGGUUCCCUCAAUCCGUUCCUCAUCAUUCGUUUUUAAUGUGGCUUUCAGUGCAAAAGAAACUAAAGACGCAGGAUAUUAUGAGCCGCUGGAGCUCUUCGGGAAAAACUAAUUUUAAUCUUAUGUGCUGUUCAUUAUGUACAACUGGGCUUGAUUCUCACGAGCAUUUAUUUUUUGAAUGUCCAUAUGCCACGCAGGUAUGGAAUGGGAUAAAAGAUAAAGCAGAUAUUGGAGCUAUUCCAAACAUCUGGGAGAGGAUCUAUGAUCACUUGCUGCAAUUUGCGAAAUUUGGAAGGGCAAAACAUAUUAUUGGGAAAAUCCUUGUUGGUGCGGCUGCUUAUUUUGUUUGGGAAGAGCGUAAUCAACGUUUAUUCUCUACCAAGAAAAGGAGUGCAGAUCAGCUUGUUGAAGUGAUAUUAACUACAGUUCGGAUGAAACUUCAUACUAUGAAGUUCAAAAGAACGAGUCAAGCGAAUAAUGUCCUUCAGGAGUGGAGGCUUCCGCGAGGUCUGCUGAUGGAUGAAGAUGAUGGAGGCUAA